CGUCCGAUAUUUAGGGCCGCGGUGCGUUGGUAGCAGCACUCAGAUUUUGUUCCUGUGCCGCUGAGGGUUGGUCCAACCUCCCUCUCCGUCCUUCAAUGAUACAGCUCUGUUUUCCAAAGUUGAAGAACUCUAGCUACGCCUGUCUCAGCUUGAUAUCGCUUGCUGGACUUCAACGCGCUGUUUGGUGAAUUGCACACGCAGAGUAAGCAUCGUCUACCGUGUGGAAUCGCCUAUAGUGGAAUCCCAGCCGUCGUUGGGCGUUGGUAGUCGCCCUUGUCAAGGAGGAGCAGGCUGCUUUAUCGACCAGGCUGCAGAAGUGAGCACAGAACGGGAUGGUUAAUUUCAAACUGGGAGGAAGACCGGGAGUGCAUCUGGAGUCUAGACAUCAUUAGAGGUCUACCAGAUAUACUUUAUAGACGCUUGAGAGCACCGUCAAGUAUCUGUCUACUCCUCAGUGCAGUACAUCUUGCAUCACCAUUUCUGAGGCAGUGUGCUCAUGUGUGACCUGGUCAGCCUGAGCAAGAGGAGUUGUGCAUGUGUGAGACAAUCUCCAGGCAAGACCGACUGAGUGAAAGCAGGUGAAGAAUUUGUACUGGGAGUCAAUAAACUUGCGAUACCCGGCAUAGUGAAUCUGGUGCACUAUAGAAGAAGAGGUGAGAGUAGACAUGGUUGUGAGGGACUUCUAUUGGUUGGCCAAUGCGCACGUGAUCGCUGUCAUCCUAGCAAGCUGUAUCUUACACACGGCUUCACCUCUAUCGGCGGGAAUCAGACCAUCAGCACGCACGGCUGCCGUAGUUCCCAGACUGGCUCUGGACAAUAAGGAAUUUGAAUAUCUCGAGGUCAACGGCUACGUCACGGGCCACGUGACACAUCCCGAGAGGACGCCCCCAGGCGGCGAACAUUUCGAAGAAGAUGCUGAGCGGGCCAUCGAGUCCUUCCAACAAUUCUACCAACUUCCGGUGUCGGGGGUCAUGGAUCCGGUCACCAAGGAGACCAUGUGGAAGCCGAGAUGUGGGUUCCCGGAUGUAGCGGUGCUGGAGAAGGGGAACGCAACGGGGGUGGAGCUAGAAGGAGCAAAAAGGAGGCGUGUGAGGCGGUAUAACGAUGGCGGAGGACUGUACAAGUGGGAUAAAAGGAAACUCACUUACACGAUCCUCAACUAUCCAUCCAGGGGUAAGCUGAAACCCUACGAGGUGCGUGAUUCCAUCAAGCAAGCUUUCGGAGUCUGGGCCGACGUCACCCCGCUGGAAUUCCAAGAGCUGGAGGGGUCCAGGGAGGCUGAUAUACGCGUUGGGUUUUUCCGGGGGAGCCACUCCUAUGACAAGGACCACCCGAUGUUUGACGGGCCGGACGGCGAGCUGGCCCACGCCUUCUCGCCGAAUAGCGGCUGGGGCGACGUGGACGGCGAUGUGCAUUUCGACGACGCGGAGAUUUUCGGUUUGGGGGAAAAUGAAAACGUGUACAACUUUUUCCAGAUCGCCGCCCACGAGAUAGGUCACAGCCUCGGUUUGGAUCACUCAAGGGAACCCAUGGCGCUCAUGUGGCCUCACUAUCAUUACAUCAGCAACUUCCGGUUGCCGAAGGACGACAUCUUGGGCAUCCAGUCACUAUAUGGUUCGAAUCCCAGCCAAGAUCAAAAAGGCAUGCAACAGCAGGAUGUAUCUCACUGUGUGACAGUCUUCGACGCCGUCACGUCAAUAGGGGGCGUCAUUUAUGUUUUCAAGGGAGGGAGAUUCUGGGAGAUAGCUGGCGGGAAGCUCGCCACUGCCAAGGACGGUCGAAUGACGGAUGACUAUUGGUACCAAAUACCCGCCAGGAUAAACGCUGUCUACUACAGGAGCGACGGCCGAACGGUGUUCUUCAAAGGUGCGAAGUACUGGGUGUACUAUGGCCAGUACGCCAUGCCAGGCUACCCCCGCCCCGUGGCCGAACUAGGCCUGCCCAGCGGCUUGGACGCCGCCCUGGCCUUCAACUCGGCCAAGACUUACUUCUUCAAGAAGAACCAAAUGUGGCGGUUCGAUGAGAAUCGGCAAGCCGUGGACAUCGGCUACCCAAAGAAGUUCAGGCGAGUGUUCAAGGGACUACCAAAGAGAGUGCUAUCGGCAUUCCGCCAUACUGACGGUCAGCUUUACUUUUUGAGCGGCAAGAAGUACUACCGGGUCAACAGGCGAGUUCGGAAGGUGGACAAGGGCUACCCGCGAUAUUUCACCAAGGAUUUCAUGGGAUGUAACUCUGUUAGGAGAUAACUUUUGGGAUAUUUUCUUUGUCUUCCAUUGGUUGUUCCGCAUAUCUGCUCGUCCUUGAUUACCGUGCAUAUCAUCGGCAAUUAACUACACCAUGUUGACUUGUAUGAUUAUGUAUGUUACCAUUAUGCGAUCAGCAAGACGUCGUUUGGCAACAGACCGGCGGCGAUUUGAAAAAGGUGGGGCAGGGAACGGGCGUCUUCAGACAAAUUAAAAAAAACUUCAAGGGGGAUGAUGACAACGAAUUUGCCGACAGACCAAUCUCUGCUGGGAGUAAC